AUGUCGGCCCCUACGCAAGAGCAAAUCAAAAUCCUUGAGCAAUCGCGCCAGCGACUGGUGCAGCUCACCCGCUCACUAGGCUCUCUAAUUUCCAGUCUACACUCAAGCGACCCUCUCCCGCCGUGGUCAUCCCUCCAAUCCCAAGCAAGCAUCAUCUCCAACAAUCUCCUCAGCGUCUCCGAGCAACUUUCCGAGCAACGCGACCUCUUCACCUCACUAGUGGCCUACCCAAGCCCCGAAUACCCCGGCCGAACCCAAGCCCCAACCCUCGAACAACUCCUGCGCACAAAGCUCGACCCCCGCGUCGAAGAUUGGGUCGCGCGCGGCCGCGCCGCAGGCUCAGCAACCGCCCCGUCCCAAAGUACCCUCCCGUCACCGUCGCGGCUUGUCCAGGCCGAAGGUGCCGAUCAGAAGCUCAGCGAGGCGGAGCUCGCCCAGCUGUGGGAGUGGGCUCCGUUAGAGGCAAACCAGGAGGCUCGACGGAGGAAUUGGGGUGGGAAUUUUACGCUUGAGGAGCGGGAGAGUGGGGUUCAGAAUGUUGUCACAGGGCUGAAGAGGCAGCUGGAGGAUGAUCUGGGGUCGGAUGAGGAGAGUGAAGGGGAAGAAGAUGAGGAGGAGGAUGGGAAGGAGGAGAUGGAUAUUGUUGGCGUGCACCGUAAGUCAGUUGGUGGUGGAUUAGAGUUUGAUAUUGCUGUUCGGCACCCGCAUCCUGUUCAGCCUUUUGUGCCGUUGGAUGAUAUUUUGAAGUACAUGACUACGGGGCGUUUGCAGUAG